CUACAUCUCUCUUGUUCUCUCUCUCUGCAACCACGGGCUUUUCAUCUUUGAUCAAAAUCUCCAUCGAUGACGACCGUUGGAGCUCCAAGCAUUUGAAAGUUCGGGGCCGUUAUCUAAUACUCUCCACUGCACGAAACACGACUAUCAGACCUGCAUCUUCGCGUGUUCUAUGUCAGCGGGUCUUUUCCACCAUUCGGCGUUGUCUUUCCCCGGGCGGACAUGCGCUCGCAGCAUGUUUAUCUACAUCUUCCUCCUUGAAACCGAACUAACUUUGUCGUCAUUGGUUCGGCUGUACCCGGAUUGUUCCACGCCCCUAUGGACAAACUUUUGGCGACGACGUUCAGUGCGCCUAUUGACCAGUUCGCCGCCACGGAUCUCACGCCAGAUAUGAUACAAGCUGGAGUCCGAAGAUCUUGAGCGUCUAUACGACUGCCUCAAAUAUCGCGCCGGGAGUGCUUUGCUGCAAACCACUGAACGCAUCUACUUACAUCCCUGCACUUUAUGGCGACUACUCUCAAGAUCAAACUUUCGAAACUCAUGGUCGAAGAUGUCCCCGGUGAAUAUGGUCGAGCUCGAGUUGACAUCAACGUCAACGGUAUCGGGAAGAAGACUGCGGACACAAGUACCUCCGAGGGCAAGGCUUUCUGGGACGAAGAGUUUCAUAUGGACAUUCCAAUUGGAAGCCAUAUAACAUUCACCUUAUUUGUGCACCGUUUUGCACUCUCAUUUCGUGAGGCUCGUGCCUGGGGUCACCAUUCGGAGCCUCUUGUCAACGCUAUUAUGUCGGGUGCUUCCACUGAACGACGGAUGACAAAUUCCACGGCGUGCAUCAAUUUCACCGUCAACCGGCUUCCCCACACUGCUCCGUCUGCUGCUGAACGACAAACGCGUGCAGCAGCUCUCCGCCAGCAGAAGGGACCUGGUUUGCACUGCGUUGGCGCUGCGAUGCAGCUCUUCCACGACUCUGGUCUGGUAGAUGCGACCCUUCAAGUGGAUAGCAAGCCCUUUCGUCCCGACCGCCCUGCGUCUCGGCCGAAUGUUCCGAUCCGACAAGAAGGGUCGUUGUCCACUUUCAGACCUAUGGAUGACGAGGCAUGGAAAGCAUUGCUUGCCACCGUGUCAAUAUUCGUGAAGUUGGUGGCAAACGUCGCUGAGAUUCAUCCGCUCGCGAAAGCUGUUGUUACGGUGCUCUUGGCUGGCUACAAGGUGUUCGAGACCCUAGCAGAUCGAGACAACAGAUUCAAGUCGCUUUUGGAUUCCGCUUCAAGCGCCUUUGCACUUGCAAACAAGCUCAAGGCACCUGAGCUUCAGCCUCACACCUCGACUCUCAAAAUCUUGACGUUGCAGCUGAAUGACUGCGGGUUCUUCAUCCGUGACUAUUACAAACAACGAGGACUUUUGCAGCGGACGGUCAACUCAACCUUUCACGGCCAACAAUUGGAUAGGAAGAUCCAGGAGUACGAAGACAAUUUCUCGAGGAUCAGAGCGAUAUUCUGCGGCGAAUCGGCUGCGCAUAUCGAGGUGAGGGUGGUCAGGAUGGAGAAGGAGAUUACACGAAUCGGCUCUGCGAUAGACCUAGACGGACUGCCAUACAUUGGGGAAUCCGCUUCAAUCAGAACCGCACAUGCUUACCAGGAACUCGGGUAACGAUACGGGACAAGAUCGUGGAUUGGGUGAACGACCGCGACAAGCCACGGACGUUGGUGCUCACUGCUGAAGCUGGGUUCGGUAAAACGGCGAUCGCGCACACUGUUGCGCGCACCUUCGAUGAAAUGAAGCGUCUAGGGUCAUCCUGUUUUCUCCCUCCGCUGCUGUCUGGAGACCCAGAAGUCGUUCUAAAGCUGUUCCCGACUAUCACUCGUGAUCUGGCGGACUUCGACACAGCUUGGAGGAAUUCGCUCUCGAGGACCGUCGGGGUCCGAGCGAUACAACGCACCGCGUCUCUUCAGGAGCAGUUCGACAAAUUCAUGUUUCUGCCUGCCACUGGUUCCGAGAACGCGCCCGUGUAUUUUGGGCCGAUGUUGAUCGUCGUUGACGGGUUGGAACAAUGUGGUUCUGAAGGUUCUCAGGAACGCAGGGAAUUGCUGUCGAUACUGUCCACGAAGCUCACCAAACUUCCUGCCAACUUCCGUAUCCUGAUCACCACCCGACCCAGUCCUGACAUCUCUCGCAUGCUCUGUCGGGAGGGCACUAAUAUCGAACACUGGGAUCUGCACAAUGAGAUCGAGGACAAGCAAACUGCGGAGGAUAUCACGGCCUUUUUGGAUGCAGAACUCCGUCCAGUCUUCAGAGGACGUUGGCCGGAGUACCGCGAGAAACUGGCCAACAAGCUCGAAAGAAACUUCUCCAGCGCUGCGCUCGCCUGUGACGCAAUCAAGCAAGAGGCGAAUCCGGUCGAUUACAUCACCCAUCUUCUCCAGAGAUCGGACGAAGGCGGCUGGAACGCAGCGGCAUUUCGGCAGUCUAUCAGCCAGCACAUUCCAUUCCUAUCCACUCGUGAGCCUCAGCGGGGCCCGCCUGCGCCGUUGCUGUCGGCCAACCAGGCCAAUCGGCCUCCGCUGCUGCGUCAGCCAACGGAUUUCAUCCCGCAGCCUCCUAAGCGCAUUUCGUCGGACGAUUCCACGCCGCUGACACCCGCUUUGAGUGACCAGGGCUCGGUGGGUAUGCCUUCUCCAGAUUCGGAGUUCUUCGAUUCCGCUCCCAGUGGUUCCUUGCUGUUCCCCCAACCUCAUUUCGACGAGCCGAUGUCGUACGAAGGGGAUGACCUCAUCCAACCUGGCAAACCCAUCGGUAUGCCCUUCGGCUCGAAUUCGUAUGCGAUGUCUGGCGACGAUGUGACUGGUUACACUCCAUCGUUCCCUGAUCCAAAGCCACACAACCCCCCAGUUUAUCGGACCUCUGACCCGCACUGGAGACCUACGCCUCCCAUGCGUGUCCUCCGAGCCCCGCUAACCACACAUUCGUCGGCGGCCUCUUCCUUGGGAGGUUGGGCGUGAAGGGGAUAUUUCGAUUCUUGCGGUUCAAGGGCUCUGGAGCGUCUCGUUUAUGCCGCAUGGAACUUACCUCGACCAAUGUACUUACUGUAUCCUCGUGAUAGUUUGCACCGUAAUUUAAUCUAGGUCCCCCGUUUGCCCCCGUAUUGAUGAAUAUUCAAUGAGCGCGUAGACCUUAAUCCCAGCCACUGAGAGGAAGUACAAACGCAGAUCCACUUGCAAUACAUCGCACCACGUGUAUGCCUCGUUCCGCUGGUCUACUGAGUGGGGGAUCAGAGAACACGCUGAUCGUGCCAGGUGAGCAAUGAGCAGCCCCCGACCGCAUGUCGAUCCGCACCGCCCACGCCCUUCGCCCACGCCCUUAUAU